AUGAAAAGAACCGUAGAAGAUGAAGUGAAACUUAGUAAAUCAGAAACUAAAAUUCGGGAUAUUUUAGUUGAAUAUUGUAAUUAUCAUAAUAAAAAUUUGAAUCAUAAUGAUAAUGAUAAAUUAGAAUUAAGAAUUACUGGAGGUUGGGUUAGAGAUAAAUUAUUGGGUAAAGAAAGUCAUGAUAUAGAUAUAGCAGUAAAUCAUUUAACUGGUGAAGAUUUUGCUUCAAGAUUACUUAAUUAUUUAAGAUCUCAUCAUAAUGAAUUACAUGUUAAAUCUCUUCAUACUAUUAAAAAGAAUCCUGAAAAAUCCAAACAUUUAGAAACUUGUACAACUAAGUUAUAUGGAGUAGAUAUAGAUUUUGUUAAUCUUAGAUCUGAAGAAUAUACGGUUGAUAGUAGAGUUCCAGUAAUUGAAUUUGGAACGGCUGAAGAAGAUGCUUUAAGAAGAGAUGCAACUUUAAAUGCAUUAUUUUAUAAUUUAAAUAAGGGGGAAAUUGAAGAUUUUACUGGAAAUGGUUUAAAUGAUUUAAAGAAUGGAAUAUUAAGAACUCCAUUACCUCCUUUACAAACAUUUUUAGAUGAUCCAUUAAGAGUAUUGAGACUUAUAAGAUUUGCUAGUAGAUUUGAUUUUAUUAUAGAUCCAGAAACUUUAGAAGCUAUGAAAAAUUCCGAUAUUAAAGUAGCAUUAGCUUAUAAAAUCAGUAGAGAAAGAGUUGAUAUUGAAUUGGAAAAAAUGUUUAAAAGUGAUAAUCCUUCUUAUGGUUUAAGAUUAAUAAAUUAUGCUGGAUUAACUGAAAGUUUAUUUGGUCCUGAGAAUUUCAUAGAAAAAGCGGCAAAAUUUAAUGAUGAAUCACUUAUUGAUGAACUUGAAAAUGCUGCCCAUUCAUUAAAAGAUCAACUGGAAAGAGUCACAGCAGUGUUUCCUAUCUUUAAGAAAAUUAUUGAAGAAAAAGUUUCAAAUGAUAGUAAAUUCAAACAAUUAUUUAUUGAAGUAUUGAAUAAUUCAGAGUAUCAAAAGCCAUUCUGGUUAGCAUUAAUUUUAUUUCCAUAUCGUUCUAUAUCCCUUAAACUAAGUGCUAAAAAAAAUGGUACAGAACAUGCUAUAGAUAUUAUUAUGAGAGAAGCCUUAAAGGGUAAAAAAAGUGAUAUUGAUAAGGUAGUCACGAUAAAUAAACAAUUUGUCUUAUCUAGAAAUACUUUAGAUAGCUACUUUCAUGAUCCUAAAUCCAUCAAGAGAUCAGAUUUAGGAUUAUAUUUAAGAAACUUUGGUACUUUCUCGGAUUUAAACAUCAUACUCAAUGCAUUUAUAGAAAUUGUCCAACAAUAUACCUACGAUGAGUCUAGACUAUACUUAGUUCCACAUCCAAUUGAUGAUAAUAAAUCAAAUAUACAAACUUCCUUAGAACAAGUCAUGGUCCAAACUGUCACUAAAUAUGAUAAUCUCCUUUUUACAAUACAACGACAGGAAUUACAACAAGUUCAUCAACUUAAACCAUUACUUGAUGGAACCACCUUAAGUAAAGAAUUCCAACGUAAACCUGGUCCCUGGAUUAAAUCUGUAUCAGAUCACAUUUUAGUAUGGCAACUAGAUAAUCCAGAAAUGGGUAAAGAUGAAUGCAUACACUAUGUAAAAAGUAUUAUAAAUCAGUAUUUAUAG